AUGGAUCCGAAGUACAGCGAAGAAGCCGAAGCCUACCGAGAGAAGAUGGUUGCCUUUCUCGGCGAGCAUCUUCCGGCGAAUUGGCAAGGCAUGGGUGCAUUGUCGCCCGAACAGCUCGAAACCUUUACUGCUGAGUGGCGAGCGAUCCUGUCGGCCAAUAGCUUGCUUGCACCUUCAUGGCCAGCCGAAUACGGCGGCGGUGGCCUCUCCGCGCUCGAAAAGGUCAUCAUGGCCGAAGAAUUCCUCAAGGCCGGCGUGCCCACUGGUAGCGGCAACGACGUCUUUAGUAUCCAAAUGGUGGGCAACACCAUCUUGAACUGGGGCUCCGACGAGCUCAAGGCUGAGUUCCUCCCCAAGAUCAUCUCGGGCGAAUACGUUUUUUGCCAGGGAUACAGCGAGCCAGAUGCAGGGAGCGACCUGGCCAACCUGGGCUGCAAAGCGGUGCUCGAUGGCGACGAAUGGGUCAUCAACGGCCAGAAGAUCUGGACGUCGGCUGGUAUGACGGCCAACUGGAUUUUCGUGCUCACUCGUACCGACCCAGACGCUUCCAAGCACAAGGGCAUCAGCUUCAUGUUGUGCCCGAUGGAACAAGAAGGCGUCGACGUCCGCCCGAUCGCCAUGAUGAGCGGCGAGAGCGAGUUCAACGAAACCUUCUUUACCGACGCUCGCACCGCCAAGGAAAACGUUGUCGGUCAGGUCAACGGCGGCUGGGCGGUAGCCAUGACGCUGUUGGGCUAUGAACGAGGCGAAGCAGCCGCAACCACACCCAUUGCCUACCGCAAUGAACUGGACCGUUUGCUCGACAUGGCCAAAGAACGCGGCGUGAGCGACGAUCCCCUCAUCCGACAGCGCCUGGCCUGGGCUUACAGCAAGGUCGAGAUCAUGCGCUACAUGGGUCUUGGCACGCUGACUCGCUUUAUAGCCGGUGGCCAGCCAGGGCCUAGCGAGUCGUUGUUCAAGCUCUACUGGUCCGAGUACCACAAGCACGUCACCGAGCUGGCUAUCGACAUUCUCGGCGCCGACGCCAUGUGGAUCGAAGGCGCUCAGCCCAUGACCUCAUUUAGUACCGACCUGCCGGGUGCGCCGAACAGCUCGGCAUCAUGGGUGGGAACCUUCUACAACGCCCGUGCGGGCACGAUCUACGCCGGAACCUCGCAGGUGCAGCGCAACAUCGUCGGCGAGAUGGUCCUGGGUCUGCCUAAAGAGCCAAAGCCAGCCAGCGCCUAG